AUGAUGUUUGAGCGUUUUCCUGGAGUGUUUAAGAAAGAUUUUAACCGAGAAAUCGUUUUGGAAGCCUUGACUCCGUUGAAGUUUAAUAAGGAGCAGGAUAGUGUCCGUAUGGAUUUCGAGUUUGAUCGAGUGGACUCUUCAGACAUGAAAAAAUUGCUUGAGAAUCACCGAAAUUGCAAAGAUAUCAACAAAUCCAGGUUAGACAUCAUGCACAAAUUAUGUUUCCUGAUUCAAGUUGACUUUGGAGCUCAAAAUUUCGAUUUUAAAAUCCUGAAAGUUAGAUCAGGUUUUUUCUGUUCUUUGUUUGCUUCUGCCUCAUUUGAUUCUCAAUAA